GAGCAGCGGCGUGUGCUUGCUUCCCAAGGCACAAGCCCCUCUGCACAGCUGCUGAGGUCUACGCUGACCGAUGCAGAGAACAUCUUGCAGAACGUUCGCAAGAUGACCGCCCUCUGGCAGAGUGGAUUGCUCUCGAACUUCCACUACCUAGACUUCCUGAACUGCGCGGCGGGGCGGUCCAGGAACGACUUCUCUCAGUAUCCAGUCUUUCCCUGGGUGCUUGCCGACUACAGCAGCCCACAGCUGAAUCUGGAGGACACGCGUUCCUACCGCGACCUGACGAAGCCGGUGGGAGCGUUGUCCGAGAAGCGUUUGAGCUACUUCCGUGAGCGCAUGGCCGGCAUGUGCCUCCGCCAGGACAAGUUCCUUUAUGGGACGCAUUACUCCACACCUGCGUAUGUGAUCUACUGGCUGCUGCGAGCUAUGCCGGAGAGGAUGCUGCGCUUGCACAACGGGCACUUCGAUGCUCCCUGGUUGAGUAUGUGGGCAGACAUGCCCCUGUAG